CACCCUGGGAAACAGAGAGUGGGAUCUGCCCCGGAGCCUGGGAAUCGUUCCUCCGGAAAAGCCCGCGGCAGGAGGGCAAUGGCGCCUCUGCAAAAGUUCCUCCCCCGCGGAGAGCUGGUGGCGCUGAGCCUGCUCUGGGCCGUCCUGGGCGAGGCUGGGGCGGGGCAGAUCCGCUACUCCGUGCCCGAGGAGCUGGACAAAGGCUCCUUCGUGGGCAGCAUCGCCCAGGACUUGGGGCUGGAGCCGCGGGCGCUGGCGCAGCGCGGGGUGCGCAUCGUCUCCAGAGGUCGGGCGCAGCUGUUCGCGCUGAGCGCGCGCAGUGGCGGCUUGGUGACGGCGGGCAGGAUCGACCGCGAGGAGCUCUGCGCCCAGAGCGCGCGCUGCCUGCUCCACCUCAACGUCCUCGUGGAGGACGAAUUGACUGUUUAUUCGGUGGAGGUGGAAAUUACAGAUGUGAAUGACAACGCCCCCCGUUUUGGAGCAGAGCAGCUGGAGCUAAAAAUGAGCGAAACCACUGCACCGGGAUUCCGGAUCCCUCUUAAGAGUGCGCACGACGCUGAUGUAGGAGACAACGCCCUGCAGAAGUAUGAACUCAACGCAGAUGCCCACUUCUCCCUGGAAGUGCGAAGUGGAGCGGAUGGGAACAUGUACCCGGAGCUGGUGCUGGAGCGCGCUCUGGAUCGCGAGGAAGAGGCCAUUCAUCACCUGGUUCUUGUGGCUUCUGACGGGGGCAAGCCGGUAAGAUCUGGCACCUGCCACAUCCGAAUCAAGGUCCUGGAUGUGAACGACAAUGCUCCUGUAUUUACACAGCCCGAGUACCGAGUAAGUGUUCCAGAGAAUAUACCCGUAGGCACCCGAAUACUCACCGUAUCGGCCACCGACACCGACGAAGGAUACAAUGCUCAAGUGACAUAUUUUCUAGAGCAAAUCCCUGGAGAACCCUCAGACAAGUUUGAACUGGAAUCAACAUCUGGAGAUCUAACAAUCAUUAAAGGCCUGGAUUAUGAGGCUGCUACAUUCCAUGAAAUUGAUAUUGAAGCUCAGGAUGGGCCUGGCCUUCUAACCAUAACAAAGGUCACCAUUACCGUUUUGGAUGUGAAUGACAACGCCCCAGAAUUUGACAUGAUGUCUGCCACUAGCUCUGUUCCCGAGGACUCUCCUCCAGGAAGCAUCAUUGCACUCUUCAAUGUGCAUGACAGAGACUCCGGGCAAAAUGCUUUUGUCUCCUGUUCACUCCCGGAGAAACUGCCUUUCAAGUUAGAAAGGUCAGUGGACAAUUACUACAGACUGGUGACGACCAGAGCCCUUGACAGGGAGCAGGCUUCCUCUUACAACAUCACUCUAAGGGCCACCGAUGGAGGGAGCCCGCCACUGGGCACGGAUGCGCACGUUUGGCUGCAGGUGGCAGAUAUCAACGACAACCCACCCGCCUUCCCCCAGGAAUCCUACUCCGUCUACCUUAAGGAAAACAACCCCAGAGGCGCCUCCAUCUUCACAGUGUGGGCUCAGGAUCCAGACAGUGACCACAAUGCGCAUGUCACUUACUCUCUGGCUGAGGAGACCUUUCAAGGAGCCCCUCUCUCCUCCUACAUCUCCAUCAACUCUGACAGCGGGGUGCUCUAUGCCCUGCAGUCCUUUGACUAUGAGCGAUUUAGAGAACUCCAGCUCGUGGUGACAGCUAGUGACAGCGGGAAGCCUCCACUCAGCAGCAAUGCGUCCUUGCACCUGUUCUUGGUGGACCAGAAUGACAAUGCGCCUGAGAUCCUCUACCCCGUGGUCCCCACCGAUGGUUCCACGGGUGUGGAGCUGGCGCCUCGCUCCGCAGAGCCGGGAUACCUGGUGACCAAGGUGGUGGCCGUGGACAGGGACUCGGGACAGAACGCCUGGCUGUCCUACCGCCUGCUCAAGGCCAGCGAGCCGGGGCUCUUCACGGUGGGGCUGCACACGGGUGAGGUGCGCACGGCGCGGGCCCUGCUGGACAGAGACGCGCUCAAGCAGAGCCUCGUGGUGGCGGUGCAGGACCACGGCCAGCCGCCCCUCUCGGCCACCGUCACGCUCACCAUCGCCGUGGCCGACAGCAUCCCCGACGUCCUGGCCGACCUGGGCAGCGUGCAGACCUCCAGCGAGCCGCGGGACGCCGACCUCACGCUCUAUCUGGUGGUGGCCGUGGCUGUGGUCUCCUGUGUCUUCCUGGCCUUCGUCAUUGCGCUGCUGGCGCUCAGGCUGAGGCGCUGGCACGCAGUGCGCCUGCUCCGGGCCUCCAGCAGCGGAUUGGCUGGCGCGCCCGCCUCUCACUUGGUGGGCGUGGCUGGAGUGCAAGCUUUCCUGCAGACCUAUUCGCAGGAGGUGUCCUUGACUGCGGACUCCUGCCAAAGCCACCUCAUCUUCCCCCAGCCCAACUAUGCCGACACCCUCAUCAGCCAGGGAAGCUGUGACAAGAAGGAUGUCCUCUCUGCGCCCCAGUCUUUACUAGACGAUAAAGGAGAUGAAUCCUCUCAGCUGUCUACUUCGAACCACUGA